AUGGAACCUCCAUCGCAGGAGUCCGCCCGCGAAGACUCUCUCCAGCGCCUGACAGGCUCGCCAGCCCAAGCUCUCGAAGACGAAGAACCGAAGAAGCCCGCACCGAGCGCCGCCGCUUUGGGUCGAUCAGGUACACUUUCAUGGCAACAGAGAAGACCACAGUCCGUCGGUGUCAGGCGGCCACUCUCAAGUGGUCGGCCAUUGUCAGGCGCUUCUACUCCAGCUGAGAAAAUGCCUGCCGCAUCUCCACGAGAUACUCCCGAACCCGGCUCCCCGGCCGAGUCGACAACCUCGAGGACCCAGAUUGCACAAGCGUUGGGAGCCAAGGAUCCUUCGUGGUUCAAGCAGACGGCCGAUCGUGGCAUUGGGUCGGCGGCAUACAGACGAAGUCAAGAGGAUACUGCUUCCGAUGCUGGCUCAGUAUCAGGGAAGCGACAACUGCCAGGCAUGUCUCGCGAAUCGACAGUGGAGCCAGAGUCUAUCAGCCCCCCUCCUGAGAGCGGUCGUUCGAGCUCUCCCUCGCGCGGUGGCUCCGUGCGGGGCAGUGUAGCCUGGAGCAAUCGCUUCUCUGCGAACACGUCGAUAUCGGGUGGUGACACGGAACCCUCGGAAAGAUCCAAGACUCCCUUACCAGUGCUUGAUUCCCAGAAAUUUGCUCCGCCUUCGGAACAGGGAUCCUCGGUCGGAGGGGGUGAUCAGGGUUCAAUUCGAGGAUUGGCCAUGUCACCGACGCAAGGGCGCAUCUCGCCAGAGCGACCCGCGUCGCCCACCAAGGGUAUGGGAGGCUUCGUGCAGAGCGCAAUGCUCAAACGUAGCGACAGCGUCAAUAAGAGGUGGAGCACGCAGACGCCGCAAGGCCUCACCAGACAAAACUCGACACUAAGCAAUCGUGGUAGUGCUAUGGCUGGAUAUGGGUCACUAUCCAAAGCCUCCGGAGCUUUGCCUGAAAAGCCCGAGUUCGUCAAGCCCGCUCUCCCUCAUCACAAUCGAAGCAAGUCAGUGGCAUCCACUUUCAGCGAAGACAAGCCUCAAGAUGAGACGUCCCCACCCAGCCCGUCGAAGCGUUGGAGUCCGACAAAAUCCAGCUGGCUAGAAAAUGCAUUGAACAAACCAGAGUCUCCAAAGAUAAAACAGGCUCCGCCGCAACAGCCAUCGUGGAUGGCCGAGCUUAAUCGCAAGAAGCAGCAGCGUGGAAGUGUGGAUCUUGGCAAGGGAAGCCCUGACCUAAGUCCCUUCGAUUCGGUACCGUCUGGCCGGACAUCCCCCAUCAAAGAUGUGCAAUUGCGACCUGUCAGUCUCCGGCGGCCAGACUCCCCAUUGAAACAGGAGGCGCCGAAGCCGAUUGAGCCCUCGGCGAAACCGAAGCCCUUGUUUUCUCCCAAGGUCGUAACCUCUCCCAAACCUACAACUUCUCCCAAGCCAAAGAUUACUGCAAGAGAAGAGCCAAAGGAGGAACGUGAGCCUGAGCCCGAGCUUAAACCAAAGCCAAUUCCAAUCCCCAAAGAAGACAUCACAUCCAAGGAAGAGGACACUCAAACGUCGACGUCGACACCUGCAACUACCCAAGCAUCCAAGCUUUCAACAUCAUCGCCAGCUCCAAAGCCCAAGCCACAAACACCGCCUAAGAAGGAUUUCCGCUCGAAUCUAAAGGCCCGCGCAGCUGCCUUUGAAGCACCGAAAACAGACCAAAAGGCGGAAUUCCAAAACGUCUUCGGUCGGCUCAAGAAAACCGAAACCAAGAAUUAUGUUGCUCCAGAUACACUGAAAGACAACAUCUUGCGUGGAAAGAAAGAUCUAUCAAUCACCGGUGGCCCCAAGCCUACUGUACGCAAGGAUGAGUUCAAGGAGAGCCUGAUCACGAAGAAGGCCGCCAUGUUAGUUAAGGCACAGGAAACUGGCUCGGCCGCACACAAGAAGACAGACAGUACCAGCUCACAACCAGCCGCUCUGCCAGAAGCGAUAGCACGCAGAAAGACAUUAGGACAAUCGGACAAACCCGCCAAUGUCCCGGCACCCGUUGAAAGGCAGAGAGAAGGAACGCCUGAAGCCAUCUCGAGGAAAAAGAGUCUGAGAGCUAUGAAGCCGGUUGCGCAGGAAAGCCAGGCAGCGUCUCCCACCCCACUUGGGUCGAAAGAACCCGCGAAAUCCAGCAAACUCGCCAAUCGGUUCAACCCAGCCCUCGCUGGCAUCCUUGCCCGAGGACCGCCAGGGGCGUCCAAAGGUCCUUCAGGAUCAGACAGCGACAUCGCUCAAUCAGCCAGCAGCCCAGCAAUUGAAGAGAAGAAGGGCCCAGCUCCUGAACUGACACAUAUGACCAAAGGCAGAGCAAAGGGCCCGAGGAGGCGAGCGCCUGCGAAAGGGGCAUCGGCCGGGGCAUCCGCAGAAAAGAAGGAAUCGAUCCCUUCGAAGCCAUCGCCUGUUGCUACUGUCCCCUUGGUCAAGACAGAGGAUAUACUUCCAAGUACAGGAUUCACGACAGCAUCUCCCUCAGAAGAUCCGUCACUGAUACGAACACCGGCCCGCGAAUCUCUCAAGGCAAAGCCUGUCACACCUUUGAAAUCACCAGACUUGACCAAAAAGCUUGAGAAGUCGCAAUCUCCCGAGGUGCCACGAAAGUCGGCAUCCUUGGACAAGAGCCCGACCACUUCAUUGGAGGCCGAAGUCGCACCCAAGAAGUCAUUGGAUGCCGAGAGUGUAGAGCCCAGCAAACCGGUCACAUCUCCAAAGCCCACAACAUGGCGAGGAUCACGACCGUUGCCACCGCCCAAGGAUGAGCCAUCGAGGGAGGCGACAGAAUCUUCUUCGCCAGUAAAGGAAGACCCGUCCCCGACCAAACUUGGCUUUUCCGUAAGAGGUGCUACGGCACUGUGGGGCAGGCCGUCCCCAUUGUCAUCCCCGACCACUGCUGGAGCCAAGACUCCUAUCAAGCUUCCCACCCGCGCGGACGAAGAGGCUGCGAUGGAGAAUGCUGGAUUGACUCGUUCGCCUCCACCUGACGACAGGAGAGCAUCACCAUCACCCCAGGCCCCCAAACCCAAGCCUGCUGGUCUGGGACUGGGCAGUUUGGCUAGCUUGGGUGGUCUAGUUGCCGCGAAGUCAAAGUCAAGGGAAUCCAGUCCACCCAAGCCCCUCACUGCGAAGCCCCUACCUUCUACGCCAUCAAGCAGUGAUCGCCCACAGUCAGAACCUUUCAAGGCCUCCCCCAUGCCAGACAAAGCUACCGGACUCUUUGCCGAGUUCUUUGACGAGACACCUGUCCUCCCCGAUGAGCUACCUGCCAGCAUUGAUACAAAUCAAAUUUUGAAAACAGCACCAUUUGAUCUAGGACCUGCGGGCAAGAUUCGAACUCUGCGCAAACAGAUUCAAGAGAUCACCGGCGACGGCAAGCUUUUGUCUGUUCCUAUGGCAGAAGAGCACGUCCUGUAUCAAGAUUCAAUGUAUGUGUGCACUCACAUUUUUGGAGAUUCCAAGGGAGCGAGAAACACAGAGGUCUAUCUCUGGUCGGGCAACGGCGUCGCUGACGCAACCUUGGAGGAUGUGCAACUCUUUGGGCGCAACAUCGCCAAGCAGAAUCAGGGCAAACUGUUCGUCCUCCGUCAGGGCAAAGAGACUCCCAAUUUCUUUGAAGCCCUUGGUGGCAUAGUCAUCACGCGUCGUGGAUCGCCCCCUUCGAAUCGCGAAUACAUGCUCUGUGGAAGGCGCCAUCUCGGACACAUUGCCUUCGACGAAGUCGAUUUCACUUUGAAGAGCCUGUGCUCCGGAUUCGCUUAUAUUAUUUCAACAGAAAGCGGCAAGGUCUUCCUUUGGAAGGGCCGUGGCUGCUCAGCGGAGGAGCUAUCUGCUGCUCGCUUGAUGGGCAUGGAUCUCGCGCCAACGGGCGAUUUCAACGAGAUCGACGAAGGCUCCGAGCCGGCUAGCCUCUUCACCGUGUUCCCUCCUGCCGAUCCAACAUCGAAGGCCCCGCUGAUUCCUCGGUCCGCCGACCAUUGGAAGUACAAGUCUACGAGUGAUAGAUACCGAGCACGUUUAUUUAGGAUCGAGCAGCAACAUGAAACCUCUGGAUGGGGACAGAGCCUGCAGGUGAGCUCUUUCUUUGCGCCCCUGCUUCGUCGACCGUCGUGGCAGUCAUUUUCCUCCUCUGCUCCAAAUUCUCCUCCUUCGGAUGCAAAAGCUGAACAAGCGCCACAGACGCCUGUCACGCCGCGAUCGCCACUGCCUCAGAUUACCACCAAGGUCGUUGAGGUGAUGCCGUUUUGCCAGCACGACCUAGAACCCGAGCACAUCUACGUGCUUGACGCCUUCUUCGAGGUUAUUGUUGGCUCUCUUUCUCGCAACCAGUCUGUCGCCUUUGCCAAUGCAUUGAUGUUUGCACAAGAAUACGGCAUGUUGGCCGUUUCCGAGGAGGAUCGACCCUUCAUGCCAGUGUCCACUGUCGUGCUCGAGGGUGUACCCCGAGACAUGAAGGCUGUAUUUAGAUUCUGGGACGAUGCGCUGAUACCUGCUGCUGGACUCAUGCAGGGCAAGCUCGGACGUGGCAAGAGUUUGAGGAUUGUUGGCCUGAGCAAGGCAAUUGAGGCGACGAGACCUUCUUGA